AUGGACUGGGAUGAGGCCGUGACAACGGGGUCCAAGGAGUAUCGCAAACGAAUGCACAACCUCUGCUGCGACAAUUGUCACAGCCAUGUGGCUUGUUGCUUGAACAACAUGGGCUACGGCGGCUCGCGCUCCUGGAACAUGAUCAAGAUUGGCAUCAUGGUGACCCUGCACUCGAAAUACGUCAGCCCUGGCACAUGUUCUAGUGUUGGCGUGGACUUAUCUUCCCCGCAUCACUUGGCUAUCCGCUGGCUACUUCCCUUGAAGGGGCUGGCUGUGCUUGUCAAAGGGGAUGUGAGCCGACUUUCCUUUCCUUUCGGACUACUACGACACCCAAUCAUGGACGCCGCUCGCGAAUCCGACGCCCCGACCUAUGCGGAGGCUUUCCCCGCCCUCGGUGGCAAGGCUGCGGCCCCCGCGGCUCCUGUCGUCUCUGGCGUGCCCCACGUUCGCUCGUCCAACGUGACUGAGGUGAGCUUCGCCGUUCCAAUCCGGACUGGCCCUUUGCUCGCCCCAGCUGUUGUGCUCACGACGCCUGCCUCUCCAUCCGACCCUCUUGACCUUGAUCAGAUGUUCCGCAUCCCGUAUGAGGAGCAAAAGUACAAGACGGACCACCCCUUCUCCCAAAAGGAUUUCAACAAGAUCCUCAAGGAGACGAUCCAAGCGACCGGUGCCAAGAUCUCGGCUUCCAACUCCCGCGACAAGACCCUCACCCUGACGGUGACUGGUUCUCGUUCCCAGGUCAACGCCGCCAAGAAGACCGUCCUGCCCAAGCUGCAGACUCAGGCCAGCAUUGACGUGUCCAUCCCCAAGGAGUACCAUCGCUACAUCAUUGGCACCAAGGGCGCCGUGCGCAAGGAAAUUGAGGACAAGCAUGCUUGCCGCAUCUCCAUUCCCAAGACGGAUGAUCCCAGCCCCGUGAUCAAGGUUGUUGGUACCACCGAGGGUUGCCGUGCUGCUGCCGCCGCCAUUCAGAAGAUUGCGGAUGAGAAGGACAAGUUUGUGAACAUCGAUCUGCCCGUUCUCAAGGCCUACCACCCACUUUUGGCUGGCUAUGAACGCUGCAACGUCAACCGCAUCAUGGAAACCACGGGUGUCAAGAUUUUCAUCCCUUCCCCCAACGUCGACCGCGAUGAGAUUGGUGUCAGUGGCGAGAAGGAGGCCGUCCAGGAGGCCGUGCGUCAACUCCAGGCCAUCUACCAGGAGCUGCGUCGCACUUGCGGCGAGCUCACUGCCAAGGUGGCUCGUGACAAGCACCGCUUCGUCAUUGGCAUCAAGGGCGCCUUCCUCAAGGAGAUUAUGGAGAAGACUGGCGUUGUCGUUGAGGUGCCUCCCCCGGACAAGGAGGACGAGACCCUCAUCCUCCGCGGUGAGCAGCCCCGUCUCGUGCACGCCCUCACCAUGGUGUACGAGCGUGCCAACUCGGUUGACCUCGCCAAGCUCGAUGUGCCUGGAUGGUUGCACCGCCGCAUCAUUGGCAAGGGCGGUGCCAACGUCCAGGCUAUUGCCAAGGAAAUGCCCAAGGUGCACAUCAACUUUGAGAGCGAGAAGGAUCUGAUUGAGAUUGAGGGCCCCACCGCCGAGGUGGCCGCCGUCAAGCAGAAAAUUUCUACCAUGGCCCAGCAGCUGGCUGCCACGCUCUCCUAUGUGGACAUUGAGGUGGACCAGCAGUAUCACGGUCACAUUGUGGGUGUCCGUGGCGCCAACAUCCGCCAGAUCCAGGACGAGACUGGCUGCGAAAUCAACAUGCAGCGCGACUCGGACGUCAUCCGCGUCGAGGGUACCCCGCAGGCCGUGGCCGCUGGCCGCGCCAGCGUUGAGGCCCUGGUCCAAAAGGUCAAGAACCAGCGCAACAUUGACAUUAUCGUUCCCACCAAGUGGCACUCGCAGAUCAUUGGCGCCAACGGUGCUCGCCUCAACGAGCUCCGUGUCAACUACCCGGAUCUGAGCAUCAACUUCCCUUCGCGCGACUCGGGCUCGGAGAUUAUCAGCGUCCGCGGUGACAAGACCGCCGUCGAUGCUGCCGACCAGUGGUUCAAGAAGACUGUCAAGCAGAUUGAGGCCGAGAACUACCAGGAGGAGGUUGCCAUCUUCCGCCGCUUCCACAGCGAGAUUAUUGGCAAGGGUGGCGCAGCCAUUCGCAAGCUCCGCGACGAGCACAACGUUCGCAUCGAUGUGCCCAAGGCCGAGGAGGAGAGCGACAUCAUCCUCGUGACCGGUCUUCAGGCCAACGUGCAGGCCGCUGCUGACGCCAUGCGCAAGAUCCAGGCCUCCAUCGCCAACAUUGUCAAGGAGGAUGUCACUGUGCCCCAGAAGCUGCACCCCUUUAUCAGCGGUCCCAACGGCUCCUCGGUUCGCGGUAUUCAGGACGAGUACGAGGUCUCGAUCCGCGUGCCCUUCCCCAAGGAGAAGUCGGACACCAUCACCGUCUCUGGUCCCUCAGAGAACGUUCCCAAGGCCGUGGCCAAGCUCAAGCAGCUCAUUGACGGCGGCGUCGACAACAUCAAGAUUGUCGAGAUGAAGGUCGAGGCCAAGCACCACCGCUUCCUCAUCGGCAAGGGCGGUGCUUUCCGCAAGCAAAUUGAGGCUGAUUCUGGCCUUUUCCGCUUGGCCUUCCCCUCCCAGCGCACCGAGUCCAAGGAGGACCCCAACACUGUCACCCUCAUUGGUACCCCUGCCGCCAUUGAGAAGGCCAAGGCCCAGAUCGAGCAGCGCGUCAAGGAGCUGGAGAGCGUCGUGGACAAGUCGGUUGAGCUGGACUCUACCUACUUUAAGGACAUGCUGGCGCGUCGCGCCGCUUUCCUCCAAGACCUGGCUCAGGAGUUCCCCACUUGCCACGUCAAGGUGCCCCGCCCGGAUGCCGAGGGCAACUGCAGCAACACGGUGAACGUGCGUGGCAGCCCCGGUGAGGUGGAUGCCGUUAUCGAGCGCCUCCAGGACUUUAUCCACCGCCGCGCCAAUGCCAUUGAGAAGGGUUACGAGGUUGCCGCCGACAAUCUGCCCUCCCUCAUGGGUACCAAGGGCGUUCACAUUCAGCGCAUUCAGAAGGAGUGCCAGGUCAGCAUCCAGGUGCCCGACCGCAGCCAGCGUACGCCCGACCAAACGACGGUCGAGAUGAAGAUCUCUGGUCUGCCCGAGGACGUCGAGCGCGCCAUUGCCGAGUUUGAGGCUUUGACCCCUGUUUUGGUGGAGUAUGAUCUGCCUGCCGAGUACCACCGCUUCAUCAUUGGCGAGAAGGGUGCCGACAUCUCUGCGUUCCAGUCCACUUACGAUGUGCGCCUGGAGAUUCCCAAGCCUGCCGAGGCUCGCGACUCGAUUGGCAUCCGCGGUACGCCCGCGGCCAUUGAGAACGCCAAGCAAGGUCUUAAGGAGCUGAUGCCCAAGCUCGAGGACCUCAAGGCCCAGAACUACACCAUGACCAUGGAGGUCCCCGCUAGCUUCCAUGUUGAGAUCAUUGGCCGCAACGGCGCCAAUGUCAAGAAGCUUCGCGCCGAGUACGACGUGCGCGUGGACUUCCCCCGCAAGGAGGGAUCCGACGAGGUGACUCUCCGUGGCUACAAGGAGAAGUGCGAGGCCUGCGCGGCGGCCAUUCAGGCCCAGGUGGACAAGCUCAACUCGUACAUCAUCAAGCCCGUGAACAUCAACUCGGCCAUCCACCGUCGCAUCAUCGGCCCCAAGGGUGCCAACCUGCGCAAGCUGGAGGAGAAGUUCUCCGUCUCCAUCAACAUGCCUCGCGACCGCGACAGCGAUCUAAUCGAGGUCAUGGGUAACGAGCCCGAUGUGGAUGCCUGCAUCGAUGAUCUGCUUGAGCUCCAGGACGAGUUGGAGGAUGACAUUGUCCUGCAAAAGGCUCACACCAAGCCCGCUCGCAGCGAGCCCAAGGCCAAGUCGCAGCCCAAGGCCUUUGCCAUCCGUGAGGCGCCCUGGUCUGGCAGCAGCGAUGCCAGCUUUCCCACCCUGGGCGAGCAAGCUGCCCCCACCUCGGCCAUGGGUGUGUGGGCCACGCGCAAGUAG